GAUGGAGAGGGGACAUAUACCAAGGUCCACCGGGCCUGUUCUUAGAUGAUCAGAGACACGGCUGAUGGGCCAGUAGUGGCCCCAGAAAUUCCAACAAGGACGGGGCAUAAUGCGCGACUCAAGGUCGGUUCUACUACCGACCAGAGAGUCCGAGAUGGGACCACGUUCAGCAGGGUCGUACCGUGACCUCGUCAGGUCUUCCUUCCCCUCUCCUCUCAUUUCACAAACCCCUACUCCAUUCCUGCUGUCGUCCCUUACAGGCUGGACUCCGCCAGCAACAGGAUUGUGCGCUUGUCCCGCGGCGCCCUGCAUAUAGAGCCCCUGCAUACCACUAUGAUCGCUGAGCUGAAAAAAAUUUAUACUCCCCGGGGAUAGACUCGAAUGAUACUCUAGUGAAAUUCGAAAAGUAAUCUCGUUUAUGUUUUGGCAAUUUAACGAAAUUAUUUGCUAGUUACACGCAUAGGUAUGAAAUUAAAGAUUCCUUUAUAUCGGACAUUGUUUCUGUCGAUGGAUAAAAAAAUGUUUUUUCAUUUUAAAGAAAUUUAGGUCAGGAUAACCUUGGCUGGUAAAAAAAAUUUCAUUUCAAUGGAAUUUCCAUCGAUUCGAGAAUCAAAGAAGAUUAAACGUGGCUGGAAGGAGCAAAAUUUCAACAUGUAAUGUCAUAAAUAUUCAUGAUGCGCGAGUAAACGUGUACGUAGCACGUGUACGUACGUUCUACUAUCAAUUAGAUUUACGGAUAUUGUGUGAAAUGUAUAAUAUCUGAAAGGAAAAAGCGAAGUAGAGAGGAUGAAGAAGGGAUUUAGAGAUAGUAUUGGAUGGAAUGAAAGAGAGGGAGAAUAGGAAAAGCGAGUGGUGGGUGAGGAGCAGCGCAAGGGCUCGAUUGCGACGGUCCUGCCAGGCCUCAGGAUGAGGCCCGCCUUUUUACACCGGAUAAGAAAGAAUCGCUUGAGGCCACCGUGGUUGAAGCGAGAUAAAUGAAAAUACUAUGGAAAGAGUAGAUGGAAAGAGAGAAGAGGAGAGAAGGUCUAUAUAAGAUUGAGAGAGAUAGAGUUCGCGAGUGUAUGUAAGCAAGCGAGACAGAGGCAGAUCGAAGGAUUAAACGGAAGAAGGGAGAGAGAGGGAGCGAGCAAACAAGAGAGAGAGAGAGAGAGAGAAAGAGAGAGAAAUAGAAGAGUAAAAAGAAAGGAUGUUGGAUAGGAUGGUAGGGGGAAGGGUGGUAGGUAAAAGCAGGAUGGAAACGAGAAGGGAAGGAGAGAAUCGACCGGGUGGUGCAAGAAACGAAGGAAGAGAAGGCAAAAAGGAGGAAAAAAGGUGGGAUCCCUUAAAAAUUGAGACCCACAGAGGUGGGGAUCGGAAUUUCGGGCCCCGUAAACCGGCCAGUCUCGAGAAGGCCUUCGCGAAGAUGAGGUGAAGAGAAGAGAAGAUAGACGUUCGACUGGUUAGAAGAAGAAGAAGAAGAAAAAGAAGGAGAAGAAGAAGAAGAAGAAGAAGAAGAAGAGAAAGACGCCAAGACCAGAAGGAAAAGACAGAGAAGAAGGAAAGGAAGAAGUAUACAGAAGAAGAAAGAGACAACGAUCACGACGACGACGAAGAAGACGAAGAAGAAGAAGAAGAAGAAGAAGAAGAAGAAUCGUGCCUAGUCUACUGUGUACCCGGCAUGGACCGUCAGUACACACUCUGUGUACUCGUACCAGCGCACCAAUACCGCACUUACGUGAACAAUUACCAUCAACAGGCGCAUCAACGGUUACAACAACAUCAACGUCAACAAUAUUCCGAGCAACAACGUUCGUGCAAACAGCCUUAUCAACAGGAACAAAUUUACGAGAACGUCGUAUCUCAAUAUCGAAUGAGAAUGUGCUAUCAUAACGAUUAUGAAAAUGACGAGCAGAUACAGAGGUUUUAUUGGGAGCAAUGCUAUAGACGUGAAGAUACCGACGCCACUGCAUACUAUUAUUGUGAAUAUGCGAAGAAGGAGAUCUACGAUGUGAAGCAACAGAGGCUAUGUCUGGCCCAAGAUGAAUACAAUCAUCUUAACAACGCUUUAACGACGCUUGGUGCUUCGCGUACAAGUUUGUGCUCCAGUUCAAGUUCAUUGAGUACCAAGUACGAUCCGGAUCUCUUGAAAUCCGAUGUCGCACUCGCAAGGAGUAGAGUUUCCCGUCUGAAACGAGAGCUCGAACAGAUUCGAGCUGAAAUGAACUGCACACAGCGAGGAGUGGACACUCUUGCAAGCGUUGAGCAAAAAUUGAGUGGUCAUCAUGGCGGUUGUUACAACAUUACGGAGGCUCAGGCGAUUAUGACUGAGCUUCGAAAUAUUCAAAAAUCGCUGAGUUCGGGCGAAAAGGAGAAAGCUGAGUUGAUGCAGUCUUUAGCUCAAUUGAAGGAUGAAUUGACGAGAUUGCAGCUUUGCGAAGGUAGUCCCGAGGCCAGCACGCUCAGUUUACCUCAGGAAAAACUUAGUACGGCAUCUCAAACCGAUUUAUCCGGUGAAUUAGUGCCUAUCGGCACGCGUUUGGCCGAAAUGGCGCGGAUGAGGUUACAAUAUGACGAGGCGAGAAAGAGGAUACAGCAUAUUCAACAACAAUUAGCGGAUCUCGAGGAAAAGGUAACUCCUGGCCAGACGGAAAGCGACAAGGAUAAAUUGCUGCUCUUCCAGGAGAAAGAACAAUUGCUUCGAGAAUUAAGAAGUAUCACGCCACGUACCAGAACGCAACAAGAUAUGAAGAAGAUCCAGAGCGAGAUCCGUCGCCUUGAGCAGGAUCUAAACAAUGCGCUUGAAUUGUCGAAUAAGACAAUUACCGAUCGCGUGCGACUACACGAGGAAAAACAAUUGUUACUACAGCAAUUGAGGGACGCCUUACGCUCGAUGGCGAUGCUCGAGGGUCAGUUGAAGACUCUCAGCGCGAGUACGCUUUCGGUCAGUAGUAGUUCCAGCCUUGGAAGUCUCAGUACGACUAGCAGUAAAGGUUCUCUAAGUUCUGGACUGAGUUUCACCGAUAUUUAUGGUGGCCCCCAGUGCCUUGGUCCUGUUACUUCUCAACAAGACAGACCGGUCGAUAUGGUUGACCUCCAUAGACGAGUGGAGAGAUUACUUAGAGGUUCGGAACAAAACAAUCUUGUGAGCACGCCAUCGCCGGGUCGAUCACAACCAAGUUUGUCACCAAGAUCGAGUCUAUCUAGUGUCAGCCCACCGGUUUCACCGUUAUAUGAAAAUGCCCCAAUGGGCCCACCACCCGCGUACGAACACGUGGAGAUGCAGAGACGACAUCAGAGACUCACCGCCUCAUCUAACGUUCAUUUAGACGGAAAUCAGUUGGAGGAUCGUUUGGCGGAGCUUAGGCUCAGUCAACAGCAAACGUCGUCGCAAGAACAGACGUGUGCUGGUUCCCAAGAUCGUCUCAAGUUGGUCGGUGGCCCACAUCCACCGGUCGAAUUGCAAUCUGGAAAUAUGUCCCAAGGCAGUGGCCUCGGCAGGCCUGUAUGCGUGAUGCAGCAUCCUUCGCAGGAUCCACCGCCUCUUUCACCUAUCAGCGAAACACCUCCUCCCACCGGUAUUCGUUCGAGAGCCAGCAGUUCCGGUACGAAUACCAGAUCCGUCUCGGCUGCUGUUUCCGAUGAAAGUGUUGCAGGUGAUUCGGGAGUAUUCGAGGCCUCUAACCGAAGAAAACUACCUGGAGCAAUUGAUGAUGUGAAUUCUUUGGCGUUGGGAGAGAUGAGCUUAGAGACGGCACAGGUGCAAAUUAAACUUAGAUAUUCUGUAAGUGACGGUUUGCUCCAUGUUGGAAUUGAACGUGCCAGAAAUUUGGCUGCUCUUUUUAUUCCUAACAACGCGCAAGUAUAUAUAAAGGCUGCAUUACUUCCAAUGCAACCGCCCGUUAAUCACAUGUGUUGUACAAAACCAGUUGUGGAUCUGCGCAAACCAACCUUCGGUGAAACAUUCCCGAUUGCAGUUCCACUCAACAAAUUAUAUACGAAGACAUUACAAGUCAACGUUUGGUGUACAGGCAAUGAGUCUGAGGAAUGCUUGGGAUCCGCCCAAGUGUCCCUUGCAGACUUUAGUCCCGAAUCACCAAGCGUAAAAUGGUACAAUAUACUCUCUUUCCGCUUCAUGCAACCAUCUGAUAGUCCAAGUACUAGCACCAGCAAUAGUAAUAGUAUCUCUACCAGCGUAAUGAGACAGGCCAAACACGAUAAACAAGAAUCAGAUUUAUCGGUAUAUCGUGGUAUACAAAAUAUGAAAGAAGAAAGUAGUGACGAGAGCACAAUCAUUAGCUCUCAAACAUCGACUUUGACGAGAAAUCAGGGAUGCGAUGAACUUCAAACGGCAAUUUCGUUAAGACUAGAAGAAUUAGCCAAUUGUUUGGGAAGUCCGGAAGAAGAAGAUGAAAAUGGUGGUAGCGAAAGCGGAAGUGAGGAUAGUGAUGAGGAAGGUAUCAUUGUGGAAUUUACGAUGGAAGAUAAUGUUCUGGAAGAUGUAUUGGAGCAUGAAGAAGAUGAAGAAUUAAACGAAGAAGCAAGACAAACUCAGGAUAAAGAAACCAAUACUGAAUGUGUUUUUAUCCCAGAACAAGGAAAACAGAGGAAACUUUCAGCAGCCGGUGUUGUUUCUAGCGCCAUGCACGAUGACAAAAAUUCUAUUGUAAUUAAAAGAAGUCAAACAUUUUCACCCAGUGCUGCAGUCAGCAAAAAUCAUUAUAUUUGUCGAUUAAAUCGUAGCGAUAGUGAUAGUAGUAUGCCACUUUAUCGUAGAGGCGGACCUUUUCAACGAAAUUCAGUCGAAAGACGAUCACUUAGAUGGCGAAGACCUUUAUCUGCACUAAGUUGUAAAACUGUCUCAAAAAAAUCUACCAAUUUACCACCUACCGCUAGAACAUCUUUAGAUCUUGAAUUGGAUCUUCAAGCACAACAUGCUAGAUUAAAUAAUCUUCAAGAUGAGUUAAGUAGAUUACGUGAAUUAAAGCAAAGGUUAGAGCAAGCACGAGAGAAAGGGGACACCGACUUUACAACAUGGUUGUUGGAAGAUCAUAAAUUUCAAAAUUUAAUGGCACAAGCCGAAAGUGGAAAAAAUGGUAAAAGUGCUGAGGAUAAAAGAGUAGAAAAGAUGUUGAAAAAGACUUCAAAAGAAAUCUAUAAAUUACGGAAAACGAAAGCUGGUAAAGGAAAACCAGAUAUUAUUUCAUUCAAAGAAAAAAUGGCGUUUUUUACACGCGUUAAUCUCAAUGUUCCUGUACUUCCACCCGAAGAUUCAUUGUGUGAAAAUUUAUUAUCACCAUCAUCUAUCCAGCAUAGAAGACACACUUCGGAGCCAGUUACUACUGAAUAUAUGGUUACUAAACUUGGUGCUCAAGAUGUUUCGAAUUUGACCGCGCAGUCAGAUAGUGUUCCUAAUGAAAAUACAUCAAAUGAUGGUGAAGAACCAAGAAGGUACGAAUACGUCGUCGAUAGAGUUCUCGGUGUUGAAGUGUAACGUUUACACUUAUUAUUUUUAUCAAUUUAUGGAUAAGUUGUUCAAAUCGUUGGAUAAUUUAAUUAAUACGUACCAGUCCAGUGACUUUUAGCAAAAACAAAGAAUUGAAAAAAAAACAAUAAAAUAUUGUUUUUUUGCUUUUUUCGAAUUCUAAGUGCCAUGCACGAUGAUUGAAAAAAGAAUAGAUAAAGUACAUUUACCGAAGUACAUUUGAACAGCACAUACGUAGUGAUGCUAGUGUAAUUAAUAUAAUAAAUUGAACAAAAUGUUACUGA